GUCUUAGGUGGUCCAUUCGGAAAGUCCGCUUUUUUAUCGACAAAUUUUGUUCAGCGAUGAGGCUCAUUUCUGGUUGAAUGGCUACGUAAAUAAGCAAAAUUGCCGCAUUUGGAGUGAAGAGCAACCAGAAGCCGUUCAAGAACUGCCCAUGCAUCCCGAAAAAUGCACUGUUUGGUGUGGUUUGUACGCUGGUGGAAUCAUUGGACCGUAUUUUUUCAAAGAUGCUGUUGGACGCAACGUUACAGUGAAUGGCGAUCGCUAUCGUUCGAUGCUAACAAACUUUUUGUUGCCAAAAAUGGAAGAACUGAACUUGGUUGACAUGUGGUUUCAACAAGAUGGCGCUACAUGCCACACAGCUCGCGAUUCUAUGGCCAUUUUGAGGGAAAACUUCGGAGAACAAUUCAUCUCAAGAAAUGGACCGGUAAGUUGGCCACCAAGAUCAUGCGAUUUGACGCCUUUAGACUAUUUUUUGUGGGGCUACGUCAAGUCUAAAGUCUACAGAAAUAAGACAGUAACUAUUCCAGCUUUGGAAGACAACAUUUCCGAAGAAAUUCGGGCUAUUCCGGCCGAAAUGCUCGAAAAAGUUGCCCAAAAUUGGACUUUCCGAAUGGACCACCUAAGACGCAGCCGCGGUCAACAUUUAAAUGAAAUUAUCUUCAAAAAGUAAAUGUCAUGUACCAAUCUAACGUUUAAAAUAAAGAACCGAUGAGAUUUUGCAAAUUUUAUGCGUUUUAUUGUUUAAAAAAGUUCUCAAGCUCUUAAAAAAUCACCCUUUACAACAAAGGAGAUAUGUCAAAUUUAACCCGAUUUCUGAACGAUGCUGAUGAUCUUAGCAUGGCAACAUUUUUAUCUGUUAAGAUGGCAACAGCCGAUUUCAAUAGUAAACUUUCGGAAACCUACAAUCAACAGUUAAACAUUACAGUAACUUCAUUGCAUGAUGCGAUCAUCCAAGUGGCUAAUAAUGCAUCCACUAGUAGCAGCUCAUCUGCCAAUACGUGUCUUGUAGCAUACGCACCGCAAAUAUCAUCUGGUGCAGCAUCUGUAGCACGUUUUGCCCCAUGUUUACAGUUGGGUGUAGGAAGUUUCGCCCCGAUUAAACAGUUUACCGGAGAACAAUACAAAGCCGCUCAGUUUACUGCUAGUGCGCCUUCAUUGGAACUGAAUCAGUGCACAGUUACUGAUGGUAACUGCUCCAUUUUUAUUUUUUCGGAAUUCGAAGAUGUUUCUUCUCGAUUGAAAAGCAGAUUACAACUAGCGACCACUGGAAUUACCGUAGGAGUUUACGACAUUCAAUCCCGUAUUAUGAGUUGUCUAGCGGCGGUUACCCGAGAUGUGCUAGACGCAGCACUGACAGUGCGGAAUAAGUUUGAUAGCUGUUUGAGUACAGGAAGAAUUACCUAGAGUCAAUCGAGGGGAAACUCUAGCUGAAAUUUGGACAGUUGAUUAAAUAUAAAGAAACUAUGGUGUUUCCAGACAGAUCGUUUUAAUUAUAAACCGAUAUUAUAGCUUUUUAUUAAAAUUAUUAUUUUCAUAUGAACGGCUGAAAGCAAAAAUCUGAUAAGUGCAACUUAGUUUGGAAAACCCGUUUAACUAUUUUUGAAUGCAAAAACCGGAUAAAAACAUUGAGAGCAAAAACCGGACAUGGAUUUUGGAAUGCAAAAAUCGUUUAAAAACAUCUUUUCUGCAAGAAUCUGACAAAAUGAAUUUGAAUGCAAAAACCGGACAUAAAUUUAACCGAUUCUUCCAAAACAAAUGUAUUUAUCCGGUUUUUGCAUGCAAAGUUUUUACAAACUGCCGCUGUGGGAACGCAGCUUAGAUCAAGUUGCCCUUAACAAACAAGCAAACCAUGCUUCGCCCACAGCGACAGUCGAACUUGUUGAAAAAGUUUCACCUAUCCGAUUUUUGCUCUCAGCUGUUCAUAUAUGGGAUAACCUAUAAUAAUUUCAACUUCAUCAAUUAAUUUUGAUGAAAGACUAAAUUAUUGGUUUCAUUAUUUCUAAACACUUCGAAUACCAAGGGCGUAAAAAAGUGUGAACGCUAAAUUUGAAUGCAUAUAUCUCAGCCUUGAUCUCAGCCACUUUUUAACCGACUCCAAAAGUUUAAAAUGAUACAAUCAUUAAGAACAAAAUGUAUUAUAUAUUUUUCUAU